CUGAUUCUAGACAAAGAGAAGGUUCUCUUGUUUCUCGGACACCGCCAUCAAGUAAUUCAUGCAAAGGAUGACCUUCUGUGGAGCUACCCGCAAGCACCUGCUACCAGUCCUUGGACUGAUGCUACUGGCAUACUGUCUACUAGCACAAUGUCAAGUACAAGCCUUUGACUGCUAUUUGGACUGUAGCUUUGAGGCAGCCUCUCAACAAGACGCCUCGUGCGAUCAAAUCAAGAGCACCACCGAGUGUUUCGAUGUCAAUUACGACAUUUGCGCUAUUGACGAUCGUGUAAAUGAAGUGUUUAUCGGAGUGUUCACUGCUAGAGACCUUUGUCCAACACCUGAAACCAAUUUUCAAUGUCCUUCCACUCCAUCUUAUGCAUUCGGAGAUCCUGACUUGACGAUGGACCUGGGAGAGGCAAACAUUACCCCCGAGCCCCACGCUUGUGCUAUAGACCCACCAGAUGCUAUGAGUCAAUGCAGCAUGUUCACCUACUCACACUUGCGGUCAUUCAAAGGUUAUCGGACAGGACUGGAGACGUGUACUGUGCCGGGAGAAUGGUUCCUACUCAAGCAUUCGGCCCUCGGUGUGGUUGUGGAGUCAGAAGCUGUGCCUGGGAGCAACCUCACCCGCCUUACUAAGGUGAACGUCACCUUUUCUCCAACUCCUUGUAUUGGAGAGAGCCCGCUAUCGUACGUGGCAACCAACGAGUUGCCCCUCCCAUUAACGCUAACUAAUGGUCAAACACCUGAUAACUCAAACUCUGCUCUGCAACUGAAACACACUGCCAACAGUUCCGCCAUCACCAUCCUUGCAGUGUGGAUCAACACUACAAUCAUCAUACGUCAGUAUGGCAACGCUCUGUCUGUUGUAGUUCAACUACCAGGAGAAUUGUCGUUCCGAAGCGAAGGAUUGUGUCGUGGUUGUCCAAAACACGCUUACUUUAAUGUCACAAAGAAGAAUAGUGAAGUGAGCUCAUACUGCGGUCGACAAACUGAUGCAGCCAUUUCACGUUGUUUUGUCGAAUCUGAGCUCAUCAAUGAAGAUGAGUUUGAGGGUAUUUCCAACAAUACGUACUUUGAUUAUUGCCUGUUUGACUUGCACAGAACAGCGAACAUUGACGCAGUCUCCAUGUUGAAGGCAAUCGGGCGUGACUCCAUAUUGAUACCAGGUAGAGGCUUUGUUCCCGUCGUCAUACUUCCAACUAUUGAGACUCCUUCUUAUGCAACAUUGGCUGAAUCCGAAACAACGUUGCCCUUGACAACAACGACAACAACAACAAUAACAACAAGGCGUGUGCAAACUACUAACACUGUUCCUAUGACGACUACAGAAGAUGCUGACUUUGAUAUGUUCAGCUCUGCAUCUAUCGGUUCACAAUUGAACUUUGUUACUCUCUUGGGACUUUUACUGUGCACCCUAGCAUCCCGGUAUCUAAUUAAAUGAUUAUAUUGAUAUUACGUGAUAUGUUUUGUGUCCAUCCUCUGUACUUUGCACUUCACUUCACACCUCAUGUUGUUCUAUUUUUUUGUUAAUGAUAACCAGAUCUCCAAUUAGCUGCAUGGUAACUAUAUCAGUCUGCUUCACCUCAUGUGAAUAACUUUUUUUACGUG